UUCACUGAAGGAACCUGUAGGGGGAGCUUCGCAAAUCUUACUGAGUUCCGCUUUAAAUUGUAUCUCAACUACAGUUAUAUCUCUUUUAAUUGAAAUCUGCUUAAAGUACAACAUCUGCGAUAAACUGGGGGAAGGAGUAGUUUGUUCCAUUGACAGCCUUCCGGUAUGUUUAUAUUUAUAAAUAUGCGUGUGUGUGUAUUUGGAGAAACCCAAGUAUAUAGUCCUAUGUUUUGUCUAAUAUACAUUAUUUAGAAAACUUGAAGUGUUUAAACUAUCAGAAUGAUCAAUGCUUUACAUGGUUUUAAAUUCAUGACUGGAUCUUACAUUCACAGAACUUUACAGUAGGCCUAUGUCUGUUGAAUAUAAAUGACUUGAGUAAUUGUUUUGAUCAGGUUGCUCUGAAACUUGCUCGAAAAUUGGAAACCAUGGAAUAUAUCAACAUUGUAAGCUGCGCUUUCUGUUAUCUGCUCUCAUUCUCUUUUUUCAACUGUAUAUAAAUGUUAAUCAUAGACUUCAAAUUAUUUUUCACUAGGAAAACAUUGACAACCAUUUGUCCAAGACUGGCUUAAAACCUGAUUUAGGAAACCACCUCCAUCUAACCAUCAUGAAUAAUUGUCUUUCUUCUAGCCUGAUCAUCCCAAACCCGUUCCCCUGGAAAUCGGACUGACAGUCCUUGCUAACAAGGGCCCCAGUACACCCCACAUCAUUAAAUUGCUGGAGUGGACCUCCCCAACCAUUAUAUCAUGGUCCUGCAGCGGCCCUCGCCCUGCGUCAAUCUCUUUGAAUUUUUGAAAAGCUGUGGGGGCAUCUUCAAUGAAGAGAUUGCACGCCAUGUGAUGCGGCAGGUGGUUGAAGCUGCAAACAGUUGCUGCAGUCAAGGUGUUUUCCACAGAGACAUAAAAGAGGAGAACAUAUUAGUGAACACGGACACACUGGACGUGACGCUAAUUGAUUUCGGCUGUGGGGACCUGCUGUAUGAAACGGCUUACCACACCUUUAGUGUGCCCAAGACCUCCCCACUGCAUUUCCAUCUUGCUCCUGCUCCAGUCCCAGUGCUCCCCAGAGUGUCCUGUCACGGUUCACCAGGUCCUAGAGCUCACAGACACCCCAGAUGGUCCCAGAGCUUAUUUUCCUUGCGACUCCAGUUGGUCAGUUGACAGGGUCCUAGAGGUCCCUGAAUGCUCCAGAGGUACCUGUUGCUGUUCCCUCCACAGAAAUCCACAGAUGUUCCACAGACCUCACGCUCACUGCUGGGUUUCUGUCGUGACCCAGAGCUGCUCAGUUCCAGAGCAGUAGUGUGUCGUAGAUGCCCCAGAGUUUCCUGUUCCUGUUCCUGCCCCAGAAUGACUAUAAGAACUCCAGAAGGAAACAUCACCACACAUUCAAAAAUAAACUAUGGCAUUACA